AUGUCUGCUUACGCUGGUUUCACAAAAACAAGUUACGGUGCCCAAGGAGGUGACGACUCGGGCGGCUUCUUUGCUGGGGGCUCACAGCAGGGCAGCCAAGGAGGCGGCGGCGGCAAGUCAUACCAGGAUGAGUCUUUGCGUCCCGUCACCAUCAAGCAGAUCCUCGACGCCGAAGAGGCCUACGCCGGCGCCGACUUCAAAAUCGACGGUUCCCCCGUGACCCAAAUCACAUUCGUCGGACAGGUCCGCAACGUCCAGCCUCAACCUACAAAUAUCACCCUCAAGAUCGAAGACGGCACCGGAACGAUUGAGGUCAAGAAGUGGAUUGAUGUCGAUAAGCAAGACGAUGCCGACCCUGGUUUCGAGCUCGAGUCCCACGUUCGUAUUUGGGGCCGUCUCAAGUCCUUCAACAACAAGCGUCAUGUCGGUGCGCAUGUCAUUAGACCCGUGGCAGACUUCAACGAGGUCAACUACCAUAUGCUCGAGGCUACAUAUGUUCAUCUCUACUUCACCAAGGGCCCUCUUGGUGGCCAGGGUGGCGCCAACGGAGACGGAGAUAGCAUGUUCGUGGACGGCGGCGGUUACAACGACAAUGGCGGUGGCAAUGCCGGCCAAGCGCCUACUAAGCUCGCUGGUUGCAGUGUGCUAGCCAAGAAGAUGUUCAACUUUAUGAACGAUACACCUGGUGGCAACGAGGGUGUUCACCUCAACGUCAUCACCAACACUACUGCCAUGUCAGUGCGGGAUGCUCUCACUGCCGCUGACGAAUUGCUUGGACAAGGUCUUAUCUACACAACCGUAGAUGACGAGACAUGGGCAAUUCUUGAAUACUAA